AUGUCAUCCGGAAAAAUAACGAUUGGUACUUAUUUACUUCGAAGAUUGAAAAGUUUAGGUAUUGAUAUUAUCUUUGGAGUACCUGGUGAUUAUAAUUUGCCAUUUCUUGAUGAAAUCGAAGAUUUCGAAGGUAUUCAAUGGGGUAAUAAUUGUAAUGAACUAAAUGCAGCCUAUGCUGCUGAUGGAUAUGCUCGUAUUCGAGGCAUUGGUGCUAUUGUCACAACCUUUGGUGUUGGUGAACUUUCAGCUAUUAAUGGUAUUGCUGGUUCUUUUGCUGAAAUGAUACCAGUAGUACAUAUUGUUGGAACACCUCCAACUGCAUCACAAGCUAGCGGUGCUAUUCUUCAUCAUACACUUGGUAAUGGUGAUUUUCGAGUUUUUCAAAAUAUGUAUAAAGAAGUAACAAUUGCUCAAGCAAGUUUAACAAAAAUUAAUGCUGUCGAAGAGAUAGAUCGUGUUCUUACUGAAUGUUUACUCAAAGGUCGACCAGUUUAUAUUGGUUUCCCUGUAGAUUUGAGUGAUUAUGAAAUGGAUGUUAAUCCAUCAUCCAUUAAACCACUUAAUCUAUCAAUUCCACGCAAUCCAAAAGAUGAACAUCAAGCAGCUCUUGAAACUAUUAUUGAGCAUGCUAAAAAAUCUCAAAAUAUUGUUGUUAUUGUUGAUGCAUGUGCAAUUCGACAUGAAAUGAUUAAGAAAGUUUUUACAUUUAUUGAACGAACUCAAUUACCUGUUUAUGUUACACCUAUGGCUAAAGGUGGUAUUGAUGAAAAUCAUCCACAAUUUCGUGGUGUUUUUGCUGGAAAUUGUUCAACUGAACAAGUACAAAAAGAAGUGUAUGAUGCAGAUCUUAUACUUUCGAUUGGUUCAAUGAAUAGUGAUUUUAAUACAGGUGGUUUUACUUAUCGUUUAUCAAAAAAACGGACAAUCGAAUUUCAUACAUAUCACACAAAAAUUUUCCAUGCUAUCUAUGAUAAAGUUGAUAUGCGUCAACUUUUACCGGAUUUAACUGAACAAUGGCCAGCUGAUAUUAUUCAUAAAUAUAAUGGUAAACCAUAUCAAGUCGAAAAACCAAAUUUAGAUCCUAAAACUCAAAAUGAAAUCGUACAUGAAUAUUUCUGGCAUAAAUUACCAGAAUUCAUUCCAGAAAAUUCAAUCGUUGUAGCUGAAACUGGAACAUCAGAAUUUGGUGUAUUUAAUAUGCAUGCACCAAAAGGUGUUACAUUUUUAACACAAAUCUUAUGGGGUUCAAUUGGUUAUUCUGUUGGUGCAGCUUUAGGUGCUGCAUUAGCUGGAAAAAAUGAUAAUCGUCGAAUUUAUCUCAUAGUUGGAGAUGGUUCUUUUCAACUUGUAUGUCAAGAAAUAUCAACAAUGUUACGAUUUAAAACUAAUAUAGUUAUUCUUUUGUUAAAUAAUGAUGGUUAUACAAUAGAAAAACUUAUUCAUGGUCCUGAUCGUGCUUAUAAUAAUAUUCAAAUGUGGCGUUAUCAUAAAAGUUUUGAAUAUUUUGGUGAUGGUUUAAAACAAAAUCGUGAACAGGCAACUACUGGUUUUGCUGGUCAAGUUAAAACUCGUGAAGAAUUUGAAAAAGCUAUGGCACAAGUUGUUAAAGAAACGAAUAAAAUUCAUUUUGUCGAAGUUAUUAUGCCAUCAAUGGAUGCACCGAAAAGUUUAGUACUUACUAUUGAAGGUACAAGAGAAUAUAAGAAACGAGAACGACAAACACAAGAAUAG